AUAGCAGUUUUCAUUUCAGUAUAGAUGACCAUGCAGCUGCAAUUCAAGUUUGGUUGGGAAGAUCUGCCUCUAAGCCCCGGAGUCCUCUGACACCGACACGGACCAGGACUGGCUGAUGUUUGGUCAGUAUGAUGAGUGGAUAGCUGUGAGGCAUAAGGCCACUUUGCUGCCCAUGCAAGAAGAUCUGUCUAUUUGGUUAUCUGGCUUAUUAGGUAUUGAAGUUAAGGCAGAAAAAUUAUUGGAAGAACUUGAUAAUGGAGUACUUUUAUGCCAGCUGAUUGAUGUUCUUCAAAAUAUGGUGAAAGCAUGCAGCUCUGAAGAACGAGGGAAUUUUCCAAUGAGCAAGGUGCCUUGUAAGAAAGAUGCUGCUUCAGGCUCGUUCUUUGCCAGGGACAACACUGCCAACUUCCUUCGCUGGUGCCGGCAUGUUGGGGUUGAUGACACUUACCUCUUCGAAUCUGAAGGUUUAGUUUUGCACAAAGAUCCAAGACAGGUGUAUCUUUGUCUUCUUGAAAUUGGUCGAAUUGUAUCCAGAUAUGGGGUUGAGCCACCAGUAUUAGUAAAACUUGAGAAAGAAAUUGAGUUAGAAGAAACCUUGCUUAAUACUUCUGGGCUUGAAGAGUCUAUCAGCAUUCCAAAAUCAUGCUGUCAACAUGAGGAGCUACAUGAAGCUGUCAAACACAUUGCUGAAGACCCCCCUUGUAGUUGUUCUCACCGAUUUUCUAUCGAGUACUUAUCUGAAGGACGGUACCGACUAGGAGAUAAAAUACUCUUUAUAAGGAUGCUUCAUGGAAAACAUGUGAUGGUCCGUGUUGGUGGAGGCUGGGAUACUCUGCAAGGAUUUUUGCUUAAAUAUGAUCCCUGUCGAAUAUUACAGUUUGCUACACUGGAACAAAAAAUUCUAGCAUUUCAAAAAGGAGUUUCGAAUGAAAGUGUACCUGAUUCAACUGCCAGAACACCUCAGCCUCCUGAAAUGAAUCCUUUGUCAGCAGUUAACAUGUUUCAGAAACAAAAUUUAAAACCCGGCACUCUGGUUGGUAUUCCAAAGAGCAAGGAAAAGCAGGUACGUCCACCAGCCGCCUUGUUGCCAGCAUCGUCAGUGAAAGGUAAUCCAGGUUCCAUGUCAGGCCGGCCUAAAUUUCCAGAUUCUCCAGCAGCAUCUUCUUAUCUCAAGCUGAAGUCUUCAAGAGCCACAGCAAAGAAACCUCAUGCUCCUUCAAUCCAUGUGUCAUCUUCUGUUGUUUCUUUAAAUCCAGUAGGUAGAAACACUUGUCCAGUUUUAUCAAACUCUGCACCUUGUGCAUCUGAGUCAUUGAGAAAAUGUGUCACAUUCCCCAGUACUCCUAAAGCCAAGGCUAUUCCAGCCCAAAAUUUGAGAGAUCUGCCAGAGUCUACAUGUUUGCCAAGUAAAUGUUCUGGAAAAAUUGAACCAAAGUACUUGAAACACAGUCAUAUUUCUUCUAGGGAUGAGGCACUUGUAAAUUCAUCAUCACAGUGUCCAAAGCUACCUAAAGCAAAUGUACACAUAAAAGCAAAACCUUCUCCUCCUUCCCAGUUUCCUCCAAAAGUGACAAAACCCAGUUCUAAAACCACAGCCAUAGGACUGGGAACACGGUUUCAGCCAUCUGAUAGAACCCCACAAGCAAGGGUGAUCCCAGCACAGAAACUUAAAUCAGCCUCGAAUUUAAAUCAACCAGUUUCUGUAUCCUCAGUUUCAUCUGAAAAAGCUACACAGGAAUCAAAAGAUAAGAAUAUAGCUUCAGUUGCCAAAAAGCAGCCUCAGAGUAAAAGUAUAUGCCAGAAAUCAGGACCCAGCUCCUCAAAGACUCCUGGCCGUACCCCACUGUCCAUUGUGAGUGUUCCCCAAUCUGCUGCCAAAACACAAAUUGCACCAAAAUCAACACAGACUAAGACUCUGGGCCAGUAUUCAGCUAAAGGCCCUCCCAAUAGUGGCAGAACCCCAACUUCAACCAGGAAACCACCCUCAUCUGCUAAGGAAGCAAAGAGUGGAGAUAAGAAACCUAUGGCAAAGAAAAAGGAAGAUGAUGACCAUUAUUUUGUUAUGACUGGAAGUAAGAAACCUAGAAAAUAA